ACUGAGUUAAAAAAAGAAACCAAACACUACCUAAGAGUCUGACUACGCCUAAAACAUUUCUAGUGCAAUUAAACUCAGCUGCCCUCUUGCUUUCCCCCCUUCUCUCUCUCUGCUGCUGCACAGAAAUACUUUUAAGUUUCUAGUCCAGUUUUUGGGUUUUAAGGUUUCCAGAUCUAAACAGGCGAUGUAAUUUCAUUUUUCCGGGUUAGGGUUUUGUAAUGUGAAUCAAGUAGCUGCUCCCAUCUCUUGAAACUACUACUACUUAUACCUGAGGAAUAUACGAUAAUGGCGAAAUCAAGGCAACAACAAUUAGCAACUGAUGAUGGGUCUCCAACUUCAUCUGUAAGAUCAAGAGAGUUUGAUAGUCAAUUAAGAUGGUCUGAAUAUAUGGUUACUGAACCACAACAACAAUCACAGAAUUCAACUCCAUCAUCUCAAAAGGGUUUGUUGAAUAUGCAGUCAUUGGUACAGCUUAAUGAAGUUGCUCAAGGUUUAGUAGCUAAAAUGUAUAGGUUGAAUCAAAUAUUAGAUUACCCAGAUUCACUAUCUCAUGUCUUUUCUGAUGCAUUUUGGAAAUCUGGUAUUAUUCCAAAUCAUCCCAAAAUUUGUAUCAUUGUUUCAAAGAAGUUUCCAGAGCAUCCCAGCAAAUUGCAAUUGGAAAAAGUCGAUAAGAUCGCUUUAGAUUCACUGAAUGACAAUGCAGAAGUACAUUUUCAAAGGCUGGAACCUUGGAUAUCGCUGCUUUUAGAUUUAAUGGCAUUUCGAGAAGAUGCCCUACGCCUUAUAUUGGACUUGAGCAGCACAGUGAUAACGUUGCUGCCUCAUCAAAACUCACUGAUUUUGCAUGCGUUUAUGGACUUGUUCUGCUCCUUUAUCCGUGUUAGUCUAUUCUCUGAGAAGAUACCGAGGAAAAUGCUGCUGCAGAUGUAUAACCUUCUGCAUGCAAUGUUAAGAAAUGGUCGAGACUGCGAGUCUUAUCAUAGAUUGGUUCAAUUUGUAGAUUCUUAUGAUCCACCAAUUAAAGGCUUGCAUGAGGAUCUUAAUUUUGUCAGCCCACGCAUUGGGGAGGUUUUAGAGGCGGUUGGUCCUAUUAUCUUUUUAUCUACCGAUUCCAAGAAGUUGAGAAAUGAGGGCUUCUUAAGUCCCUACCAUCCUCGUUACCCAGACAUACUCACUAAUACUGCUCACCCAAUGAGGGCUCAAGAUUUAGCUAACGUAACUUCUUACCGAGACUGGGUCCUAUUUGGGUAUCUUGUUUGCCCUGAUGAACUACUCCGUGUCACAAGCAUUGAUAUUGCUCUGGUUGCACUGAAGGAAAAUUUAAUCCUAACACUGUUUAGGGAUGAGUUUAUUUUGUUGCAUGAGGAUUAUCAAACAUACGUUUUACCGAAGAUAUUAGAAUCCAAAAAGAUGGCAAAAUCUGGCCGGGCAAAGCAAAAGGAAGCAGAUCUGGAGUAUAGUGUUGCAAAGCAGGUAGAGAAAAUGAUAAGUGAAGUGCACGAGCAAGCACUAGUAUCUUGUGAUGCUAUACACCGCGAGAGGAGAAUAUUAUUGAAACAAGAGAUUGGAAGAAUGGUUCUCUUCUUUACCGACCAGCCAAGUUUGUUGGCUCCAAACAUUCAGAUGGUAUUUUCUGCAUUAGCUUUGGCGCAGUCUGAAGUCCUUUGGUACUUCCAACAUGUUGGAGUUAUAUCAUCAAAGUCUAAAGCUGUGAAGAUGGUACCAGUUGAGCUAGAUCCAAAUGAUCCAACAAUAGGGUUUCUAUUGGAUGGUAUUGACCGUCUUUGUUGUUUGGUGCGGAAGUACAUUGCCGCAAUAAGAGGCUAUGCACUAUCGUAUUUAUCAUCCUCCGCUGGUAGAAUUCGUUUUUUGCUGAACACGCCAGGCAUGGUGGCUCUUGACCUAGAUUCAACCUUAAAAGGACUCUUUCAGCAGAUUGUUCAGCGUCUUGAGAACAUACCAAGGCCACAGGGUGAAAAUGUGUCUGCUCUUACAUGCGAUUUAUCAGAUUUGCGCAAGGAAUGGUUAGCAGUAUUAAUGAUUGUCACAUCUUCUCGCUCAUCUAUAAAUAUUAGACACUUGGAGAAGGCUACUGUCUCAACGGGGAAGGAAGGUUUAUUAUCUGAAGGAAAUGCUGCUUUUAAUUGGUCAAGAUGUGUUGAUGAACUUGAAUCUCAGCUGUCGAAGCAUGGCACGUUAAAAAAGCUUUAUUUUUAUCACCACCAUCUUACAGCGGUUUUUAGAAACACCAUGUUUGGCCCAGAAGGCCGGCCUCAACAUUGCUGUGCCUGGCUUGGAGUUGCUAGCAGUUUUCCAGAGUGUGCGUCCAUUAUUGUUCCAGAGGAGGUGACUAAAAUUGGUCGGGAUGCAGUUUUGUAUGUGGAGUCUCUCAUUGAGUCCAUUAUGGGUGGACUGGAAGGACUGAUAAAUAUUCUAGACUCAGAAGGAGGUCUUGGAUUGCUAGAGACUCAGCUUCUUCCAGAACAAGCAGCUAUGCACAUGAAUCAUGCAACAAAGUUCUCAACCCCCUAUGCUAAAUCUCCAAAAGGCUUCUCUGGUUUACCGCUCCCUGGGUAUGAGAGCUACCCGGAAAAUAACAACUCUAUCAAAAUGUUAGAAGCUGCAAUGCAGAGAUUAACAAACCUUUGCUCAGUUUUAAAUGACAUGGAGCCGAUAUGUGUUUUAAACCAUGUAUUUGUUCUUAGAGAGUAUAUGAGAGAAUGCAUCCUUGGUAACUUCCGGAGGAGAUUGCUUGUGGUUCUUAAAUCUGAUAAUGAUCUUCAGAGGCCUUCGGUGCUGGAGGCAUUAAUCCGCAGACAUAUCAGCAUAGUUCAUUUAGCAGAGCAGCACAUUAGUAUGGACCUUACACAAGGCAUUCGAGAAGUCCUGCUGAUGGAGGCAUUCUCUGGGCCAGUUUCUUCCCUGCACUUGUUCGAGAAGCGGGCAGACCAGCAGACAGGUUCUGCGGUUGAAUCAGUAUGUAAUUGGUACAUAGAAAACAUUGUCAAGGACAUAUCAGGUGCAGGACUUCUGUUUGCACCUAUUCAUAGAUGCUUCAAGAGCACAAGACCGGUUGGUGGGUAUUUUGCUGAAUCAGUCACAGAUCUUAAAGAACUGAAGGCCUUUGUUCGGAUUUUUGGUGGCUAUGGUGUUGACAGGCUCGACAGGAUGAUGAAAGAACACACUGCUGCACUUUUAAAUUGUAUUGACACAGCUCUGCGGUCUAAUCGUGAGGUGCUAGAGGCAAUAGCUGGGUGCACACAGUCUGGAGAUAGAUUGGAGAGAGAAGCAAAUCUGAACCAGAUUGUGGACAUGGAUACAGUAGCUGGAUUCUGCAUUCAAGCAGGGCAAGCAUUGGCCUUUGAUCGCCUUUUAGCAGAGGCUGCUGGAGCUGUGCUGGAAGAAGGUGCACCUCUUGUAUUUUCCCUGCUGGAUGGCGUAGCUAAGCAUUUACCUAGCUUCUUACCUGAGAAGGAGGAAAUUAAAAGGUUGAGGUGUGUUGCAAAUAGUUUCGGUGUAGAUGGUGAUCAUGAUUCAGAGUGGGUGAGGUCCAUUUUCUAUGAUGUAGGGAGUGCAAGUGAUGGUUCCUGGAGCUUGCUUCCAUACCUGUUUGCUGCUUUCAUGACAUCUAACAUUUGGGACAUUACGGCAUUCAAUGUUGAUACCGGUGGCUUCAAUAAUAACAUCCACUGCUUGGCCAGGUGCAUCAAUGCUGUUAUUGCGGGAUGCGAGUUCGUUAGAUUUGAAAGGGAGCAGCAACAAAGUCGGUCUCUCUCAAACGGGCAUGUUGAAGAGGCUCAAGAAUCUGAUGUAAACAACUCUUUGUUAGUUGAAGGAAACAUUAAGUCUGCCAUGCAGGCCUUUGUGAAGUGUGCAUCAGGGAUUAUACUGGAUUCGUGGAACGAUAGUAACAGGUCUCAUCUUGUUGCGAAACUGAUCUUUAUGGACCAGCUGUGUGAGUUAUCCACAUACCUCCCGAGAAGUACACUUGAAACCUAUAUUCCAUAUGCCAUUCUUCGUUCGAUAUAUAGCCAGUAUUAUGCUAAUUCUCCAUCAAUCCCGCUUGCGUUACAAAGUCCAUCACCCCGGCUAUCACCUUCAGUAUCUCUAGCGCACAGCUCUCCUGCAUACCGACAGAACCACGGGGAAUCGACUCACUCAUUUGCUACUGAAUCUGUUUAUUCCAGAUCAACUACUCAUGGGCAAGACCAACCUUUUGACACCGACAGUGGUAGCGUACGUAGCAAUGACAGCGGCAAACAUCGGAACCUUCGUGGUUCUGGUCCUUUGGAUUAUAGUUCAAGUAGGAAAGUAAAAUUUGCGGAGGGUUCAACUUCAGGGAGUAGGGGUCCAAGUCCAUUGCCAAGGUUUGCUGUGUCAAGGUCUGGUCCAAUAGCUUAUAAGUAGUAAGAGGUAUUAAUGUGUUUUUGUAUUUUUGAUGAUUUAUUAGUUAUGUGAUAUAUGUAUCUAAUUGUUUUCUUGCAAGUUUAGGAUAGCGUGUGAGUGAGAGAGAUGGUUAGUCCAUGCAGAGAUGAUCCAAGGGCUUGCUUAUCUGUAAGGUGUUGAUGCCCACCAUUUCCCUUGGAAUUCUAAUCCCAAGAUGGGUCUAUAUAAUCUGUGGCUUUUGAACCAUCCAACUGGCCACAGUUGUUCAAGGAAGUGGAAAAUUUCAAAUAUUUAACUUAGAUGUAUUUCAAAAGAACAUUAUAAACAUUAAACAACCACAUGUUCUUAGUAUCCCAG